AUGGCAACGAAAGAGGAUAGAUAUCCCAAGGAACACAAGCCUUUCCCUAAUGAUAAACCUAUAUCCUCUUCUCAAGGCAGCAGCAGCAUGAGCAACAAUGGCACCGGCAGCAGCAGCGGCAAGCAGCAUCCCGACUUUAAAGACGCAUUGAAGAGCACCAUCAGUCGACACAUGAAGGGAUUUCGAGCUACCAAUGUCAUUACUUACAAACGUUUUCGAGACAAAAGCACAUGGCAAAGACCUGGCGAGUUUGCUGAACUUGUGGCAACCGACGAUGAAGAUGCAUUUACAGCUGAUCCAAAGGAAGCAUGGCCUAUUAUGCAAGACAUGAACAUUGAUAUACCAGUCAGAGAGUUGACCAAACAGCACCGUGUAGUCGACCGUAACUGGACAGUGCCUGUGUCCAACAAAAAGUUCAAGCAGCCCGAGCCCAUCUAUCCACAAAGCACCGGUGUUAAAUUGAGAAAUGUGGAGGACAUUAUGAACGAUUACAGCAAGAAGGCACCACCUCAAGCAACAUCAAAUACGCCCUCGCUGUCAUUGUCAGCAUCUUCUAAUGCGAACAAAUCUCUGACACCAACGACAAAUUCAAUACCACGCGUUGCAGAUAAAAGCCAACGCCCACUUCAAUUGAUUCCCGAUAAGAUCAAAGGUGUUUUACAGAAUUUGACUGAUACAAGACGAAAGCCAACCUCAUCAGCCAGUACUACACCUGCCAAGAGCCUUGGAAACACGCCCUCGAGUAACACACCUCUUAAAUCAACUGCAUUGAAAUCAUCUACCAUCACUCCUCAGGAUCCAAAAAUCAAAAAACAAACAGCACAUCCAAUCACCACCACAACCAUCACAACUGCGAAAUCAGCUAAUACACAAAGUCGACCUCGGGUUUCAUCCAAGACGAUACCGAUGGAGAAAGUGACACAAAUUGAAAAUAUACCAGAUCUUAUGGAGGCCCGCAAAUACCUAAUCAGUCCUGAUGAAGUGGAAUUUCGAAGCUUGUUGAGUUUGCAAGAAAUGCCCAAGAAUGCUCAAGUAAAGGAACGACCUCAACUAUACUUUCGUUUAUAUCCCAAACCCGAUGAAAACGACAUGUCCAAGGGCCUUAAACAACACAUUGCAUCAGUAAAUAAUAUCAAACCCAAGCAGGAAAGAGCAGCAUCAGCGUCGUCCACCAAAAAAAAUCAAGCGAAAGCUUCAACACAUUCUAAAAGUACAACAUCCACCACCACAGUCAACACUAAAGACACAUCAUUACCACCCUCGGAUUUAUCAACAAGAUCUGCUGGUAAAUCUAAUAGCAAAAAGAAAUCGCAGAGCGAUCAUAGCCAGGCGCCAAUACGUACAUCCACCACCACCACGACAAAAAGCAAACAGCCCAUCCAUGUUAAGGAGGAAGGAGAGGAGGCUACCGCUAUCAAAUCUGAAAAGCAAGUCUAUCCUAGUUCUGUAUCUGCUGAAUUCUUGAGAUCAACAAAGAUCCCCAAACGCAACAACAGCAUUAACAAAUCAUCAUUCUCAUCGCAUGAUAUAGAGUUGGAGGAAGGCGAAACAAUUAGUCCAUCGCCAUCACCUAUUCGUACGAAAUCUCGAUCAAGUCAUACAGGCAUGGAUGAUGAAGGCAGCGGAACCGAGCGUUCUACUGCCCCUGGGUCAGCUUCUCGAAAAUUAGCAACCACAGCAGUUGCGGCAUCCACAUCUACUCAACCAUCCACCUCCACCUCAACUACAACAAGUAAGCGUCGCGAUGAAGAGAAAUCUAGUCGUGAGCGUGAAAAGGGCCGUGAUCGUCAUCGUUCUGAAAGUGUCGGUUCUAGUAGAAGAGAUCGUAGCCAUCGCAGAAGUCGAUCUCGCUCACCUGUCAGUAAAAGCCAUCGUUCUGAUAGCAAGAGUCAACGACAAACCAGCUCUGAAUCAAGCCAUCGACGCCGAUCACCUGCUGUUCGUUCAGAAAGAGAAUCCAGUCGUACUGAAAAAGAGGGUAUUGCUUCGAUUGCUGCAGUUAAUACCAGCUCCCGCACUGACAAGGAGACAUCGCGAUCAGACCGGGAAUCAUCACGCCCUGAGAAAGAGACAUCAUCUACUAACAUCAGCCGAUCAGAAAGAACAAACAGGGAACGGGAAUCGUCUGGUAGAGAGCCAAAACGCAAAUCAGUCCAUGACGCUGCUGACAGUAGAUCAAGUGUCAGCGAACCACCCACAAAGCGGCUUGCAACCACUAAAACCAGCAGCAGUAGCAGCAGCAAGGAUGACAGCAAAUCUUCAUACACUAAUACUAAUACUACACCCACAACUAUAAUAGAAAAGGAUACCAAAUAUACCAGCAAUUCUAAUCCAGUGUCCAAUUCAUCAUUAUCCACUUCCAAAAAUGUCAAAAAGGCGACUGCUACUGUUACUACUCAAGUGGCAAGCACGCCCAAAUCAGUCUCUACGCCCUCUACAUCCUCCUCGAUAUCAAGUAGUACAGCCAUCACUGCCUCUCAUGUGCCUGAAAAGAUCAUAUCUGCUACAGCACCCAAUGCUGAAUCACCAGAGCAACUCAAGAUUUUCACCAUCAUGUUCAAGCAGCUGGCACAUGCAAAUAAGCGACGAGGCGAUAGCCAAAAAGACCCUGUGAUUGGGGUCAUCGACCAUUUCCACGCACUGUGUGAUUACAUGCUGAACUUUUAUUUUAUCGACAAGGUCAACACAAACGUUCCUUUCAAGCAGGCAUCUGUCGCAUGGAAGAGCCUGUUCCCAUUUUCUGACAGUCUAUUAUUGAAGCUGCAGGCCAAUCAUUUGAAUGAAUUGUACGGCUUAUGUGUUCGAUUGGUUGCACUGAUUCGAUAUUACAUUUAUAGUCGCAUGGAAAGCGCCACUCGACCAUUACUCACCAAGCACCUUAGCAGCAGUGGAAGUCAGGACUCGAACUAUACCGACCGUACUUGCAUUGAGAUGACAGAAGGGCUAUUGCGAGAGCAUGAAAAGGCAGAGAAAUGCUACAAGGAAUCCGAGAAAUACAUGACUUUUGGCAAGGUAGCAAGCCAAUUUCCAGGCACAUUCAAAGACGUGUGUAUAGAUGGUAACAUCUUGGCAGGCAUCACGCUAGGCGGCGAGGCAGGCGUAUCUGUUGGACCCAUGUUUCCCUUCACGCCCUACUCACCCUUGCACCAUGCAGCCAUUGUAUCCAAGUGUAUCCUCAAUGAAUAUGUAACAAAACACAACUUGAACUACUCUCCUAUUACCAAGCCAGAGGAGUUCAUGUAA